AUGUCUGUGAAUCUGAACCUCAUCACCCAAUAUGGACUUUCGCCCUUUUGGUUCAUUUCUGUCUUGCUUAUAUUUGUGCCAGUCAUAAUCGCCGUCCAGAACUACCUACGGCUCCGACAUGUGCCUGGUCCUGUCUGGGCUCAGCUCACUGAAUUCUGGAUUACGCGGAAGCUCUGGAAGGGAGAGACUUGGAUAGAUAUAACUGAGAAACUGCACCAAGACUAUGGCGAUGUGGUUCGGUGGGCGCCGAGAAAUGUCCUCUUCAGUGACCCUGCGGUCAUCAGUACCAUCUAUGCAACUAACACUGUUUGGAGGAAGGCCAAGUCGUACGAGCCAGCACUAACAAUAAUCAACGGAAAGUUGGCGGAUUCUUUCGUGACGACCCGAGAUGAGCGUCGUGUAUCUGCUAUCAAGCGACAGAUUAACUCGGCAUUUACGGCGAAGGCGAUCUCAGAAUAUGAGUCUCAUGUGGACGAAACUAUUCAACUGUUGACUAGGCGAGUUUCAGAACAUAGUCCCCGGGUUAACCUUUCGCGAUGGCUGGAACUGUUUGCCUUCGAGACCAUCUGUCAAAUUGCUUUUAGCGACAGUAACUUCACCGAAGAAGACGUCCAAGGCACCAUCGCCGGGAUUAAGGAACGCUUUAAUCAUUGGUUUUGGUGGUUUGCGUUGCCGGGCCUUGAAAAAUUGCUUUAUAGGCAUCCCUUCGUCGCUGGCCGUAUGACGCCAGGUUUACUGACACAGCGGGCGGCGGCAAGGGUUCAGGAGAGGGAUGCUAUCGGCGGAGUGGGUUUACACAAAGACCUCUUGGAGUGCUAUAUGCGGGCUAACAAUAAGGUACCGAACACCUUUGACCGUGGCACGGUGGUUGGUAUGGUUCUUUCUACCAUUCACGCCGGCGCCGAAACAACCGCAUCAACUAUGAUUGACACGGUACAUUGUCUCUUGAAGAACCCAACAUGUCUGGCUACGUUGAUGAAAGAGUUGAAGGAUGCCGACUUACCAUCUCCCCCCACUUUCCAAUCAGUGGCCAAGUUACCAUACUUGGAGGCCGCAUUCAAGGAGUCGAUGCGGCUAAAUGGUGUCUCCGUUUCGCCGUUAGAGCGCGAGGUUCCGCCUGGCGGUGCGCACGUCGGUGGUGUUUAUCUUCCCGGCGGCACCUCUGUUGCUCUCAACGUUCGAGGUUUGGCCCUCAAGGAAGAUGUCUGGGGGCCAGAACCCCGCCAGUUCCGACCGGAGCGCUGGCUCGAGGCGGAUGUGGCAGCGAGGGCAAAAAUGGAACGAGCCUUCUCCGGCUUUGGCCACGGCAAGAGGAUGUGCAUUGGCCAACAUAUCGCAUGGAUCGAGAUGAAAAAAGCCAUCCCGGAGCUGCUGCUCAAUUUUGAUGUAAAACGCCCCUUCCCCUCGUCCCUUGGAAAGGCUAACCACAUGCUAUAG